AUGGGAGCCAUAAUAAUAGAGUAUUUGACAACUGGUCUUCGCAAGGCAUUCUUUUUCUUCACCCUUUUCUCUCGCACCUUUCAUCCGUUCCUUUUCUCUUCUCUUUCUUUCCUUCUUUCUUUUCAUUUUCCUAUUUCUUCAUAUUUCCUUCCGUUCUUUUUUUUCCCUUUUCUUCUUCUAGUUCGUUUUAUUCCGUCUCUUGACAAAUUCUUUCCAACUGUCUUUGAAGUUCACAUCGGUCACUCCCAUUUCACCCAUGCCUUUCGCCACUGUUCGAUGAUGGCUUCUUUUCUUUUUGCUAGAAAUAAUCAAACAUUCGAUAAGAAAUUACCGUCAACCUAUCUAUCUAUCUAUCUAUCUAUCUAUCUAUCUAUCUAUCUAUCUAUUAACUUUAUUCACUCACUUGCACGCUUCACCAUCGACGUAGCGAUCCUCAGAGAAACCAGAAUAUUAGACGAAGGAAGAAUUGACGAAGCGAGAUCCAGAUAUUCCAUCUUUUGGAAAGGUACGCCAUUUCCAGAACGCCGGAUAUGCGAAGUGGGUUUUGCGGUCAAGAACCUCCUUGGUGCAUGCCAACAAUCUUCUCUCCAAAGCUAUCAACAAGCACCUGAUUCCCCACUUUUUCUUCUACCUCUUCACAACUUCCUGACAUUCGUCUCAGUUUAUGUUUGA